AUGCAAAUUAGUCUGAAAGCUCCUGAUAUCUUCGCCAUCUGGACACAUUCAGAAGAAGACUUCCAGUCCUUCAUACAAGACCUUAACACAGCACACCCCACCAUCAAAUUCACAGUAGAAACAUCCACUACCUCUAUCCACUUCCUGGACGUCACCAUCAGCAUCUCAGAGGGAUCCUUCGCGACUGAUCUCUACACAAAACCCACAGACAAGCACCAGUACCUCCUAAGGAGCUCCUCCCACCCCACCCACUGCAAACGGGGUAUCCCCUUCGGGCAAUUCCUACGCGUACGAAGAAUCUGCUCUGACGAACCCAAAUACAGGGAACGAGCACAGCAGCUAAAGGAACACUUCCAGAAAAGAGGGUAUGAAGACACACUCCUGGACGAAGCUGCACAACGCGCACUGAGACGCCCAAGGAAAGAACUCCUAGGACCCAAGAAGACACAGCCAACUCCACAAGACCGACCAGUACUAGUCACCACCUACAAUCCACACCUACCACCCAUCAACAACAUCCUCAGAAAAUAUUGGAACAUCCUGCAGUUAUCACCCCGAACACGAGAUAUCUUCAAAGACCCACCACUCAUCGCUUACCGCCGCAACAAAAAUCUGAGGGACUCACUGGUACGAGCCCGGAUCCCGAAGGAAAACAAGAACUUCAUCACGAAAAACAUCCCUUCGGGCUCCUACCCAUGCGGACGAAAGUGCCUCACCUGCACAUACGUCAGGAAGAGUAAGGACUUCCACAGCCAUCGCACUUCGAGACGCUAUAACAUCAGGGCCCAUAUUACAUGCCGCACCAAGAACAUCAUCUACAUGAUACAGUGCAAAAAAUGCGGCAUGCAAUACGUCGGAGAAACAGGACAGACGCUGGCCAACAGGUUGAAUGGGCACCGAUCGUCCAUCAAAACGGACAAAGACACUCCCAUCUCUGCCCAUUUCAACCAACCGAACCACACCGUCGCGGACAUGGAGGUCAUCGGACUUGAAAAGCUGGCAUACGGCAGAACCGAAGACAUCACCCGACAACGGCGCCUUCAGAGGGAAUCGUACUGGAUCCAUCAACUCCGUACACUUCACCCAGAAGGACUCAACCUAGAAUCUCUGGAAAUUACCAGGAGACCUGCCAUCAUCCAUGACACUCACAGAGCUGAAAAGUUUGAUGAGAUUGGAGGACAUUCUUUCACGGCUCCCCCGUCAUAUGCAGAAAGCGAGUACGGAGUCAGCAGCAUCCGGGACACAGACGACACGGACUACACGAUGGGUGAGCUGAACUCUUCUCCCAAGUACGCCUACUACGACUGGAACAGGCACGGUCAGUCGUAG